CUUUCCUCUGUUUCUGUCUUUCAUUUCUACUCAGCCAGAGAAACAUACAGACAGAUAUACACACGCACAGAUUGACAACAAGAAGCCACAAAAAUGUCGCAGGCUCUUUCAAAUUUGAGCAUCUCUGUUCCUCUCCCAUCUAGCAAUCCUAUAAGCCAUCAGAAACUUCUUGUGUUCAGACUUCCCCAGCAGUUGAAACAGAGCAAUCAGUGCAGCUUUAACAAUGGCGCCAUCAAGGCCAUGGCUGGAGAGACAAGGGACAAUCUUGAUCACUUGCAGAGAACUCCCAGCAAGCCCCAACCCCAACCCAGGAAAAAGGUUGGCUCUGUCGCACCAACAGGUAUGAGAAUUUCUCUUUUCAAUUCAAAUUAUGUGAAAAGUUCAGUUCUUUUGCAUUAUUAAUCUGCGACCGUGUAAGCAACACGGAGGUUGGAAGAGCAAAUUGCCAAAUUGAAACAGGUCGUGUAAGGGGAAUUUAAUCAAACAGAUGGUGAGUAGAAAUGAAACUGAUGAAUUUGCCCAUUUGGUAUUUAUAUGCAGGGUUGUGGGACAGGUUUCCAACGGCGAGAACGGUGCAGCAAAUGAUGGAGACAAUGGACAGGAUAGUGGAGGACCCAUUUGCUUACUCAGGCACGUGGCCGUCACCGCUACCCAGUGAUACCAGCGGAUACAGCAGGGGUAGAACGCCAUGGGAGAUCAAGGAAGGAGAGGGGGAGUACAGGAUGAGGUUUGACAUGCCCGGGAUGACUAAGGAGGAUGUAAAGGUGUGGGUUGAAGAGAAGAUGCUGGUGGUGAAGGCGGAGAAGGUGCCAAAGAAGAAGAUGAACGGCAGAGAGAAUGGUGAAGAAGAGGAGGAGGAUUGGUCAGCCAAAAGCUACGGAAGGUAUAACAGUAGAAUUGCAUUGCCUGAGAAUGUUGAGUUUGAGAAGAUUAAGGCUGAGGUUAAAGAUGGAGUCUUGUAUAUCACUAUUCCUAAGGCUAGCAAAAAUGCUAAAAUUUUGGACAUCAAUGUUCAAUGAUGGUUUUGAAACUGUAAUCUGAAAUGUUUGGGCUCACGCACAAACAUCCGGAUUUUCUUGCAAGAUUGUUCAGGUCUGUUCAUGCUGUGCACUUAUUGUGGUGGGUUCAUGACUAUGAGGCUACUCCAGGGGUAAAAUGAAGUGUCAAACCUUUUUAUAAAUCUUUGUGAGGUAUUUUGUUGUAUGAAUUGUAAUAAACUAUAAAAUAAAAAUAAUUAAAUUGU